AUGUGCUCACAGAACAAGCAGAGUCAUGCUAUUUGCGGUCACGGGACCUGCGCGAUUGUUGGGUUUUGCAUCAGGAAAUAUAAUCGAUCUGCAACUCAGCCUGCUCCAACAUGUGAAAAGAUAAAAGAAGAGCCAAAGGUCAUGUGUGAAGAGGCUCAGCACAGUGCUUCUGCCAAGCAGGCUCAGUCCAACCCUGUUCCGAGCCAAGAACCCCACAAGUCCUCGGUUGAGAUUUUGGAGAUGUCAGAGUGCAUCAUGGAUUCGUUCUCGGCCAUCAAGUCAAUCAGCAGCGUCGAGGUCGAAGCGUUAAAGGAUUGCCUGGUUCGAAAUAUUCAUAUCGAUCUGUAG